AUGCCCCAACUCCUCCCACUACCAUGAUUUGGUACACUACUCUUUGCCUGAAUGAUUUUCUUAACCUUCUUCCCUAAAAAAGUAAUAGCCCACACCUUCCCUUAUGAGCCUGCCUCCAUUAAGCCUCAAAAGCUGGUAAAAACCUCUUGAAACUGACCCUGAGCGUAA